CUCUUACCCAGCAUGCAGCGGGCGAUGUCCGAGGAAAGAUGGCGGAAGGAGGAGCGGCGGAUCUGGAUACCCAGAGAGGAGAGGUCGCGGCGCUGCUGAAAACACAGCUGAGGAAGGGGGACACUUGGUACCUGGUGGACAGUCACUGGUUUAAACAGUGGAAGAGAUAUGUGGGGUUCGACAGCUGGGACAAAUACCAGAUGGGCGACCAGAAUGUCUACCCUGGCCCGGUUGAUAACGCUGGUCUUCUCAGAGAUGGGGACGUGCUCGCCAUCAGGGAACACCUCAUCGACGAGCUGGACUACAUCCUGGUCCCCACAGAGGGCUGGAACAAGCUCAUCAGUUGGUACGCGCUGACAGACGGGCAGGAGCCAAUCGCACGCAAGGUGGUCGAGCAGGGUAUGUUUGUGAAGCACUGCAAGGUGGAGGUGUACCUGACGGAGCUGAAGCUCUGUGAAGACAGCAACAUGGACAAUGUGAUCACCAGACGCUUCAGUAAAGCUGACACAAUAGAUGUGAUCGAGAAGGAGAUGAGGAAGCUGUUCAGCAUUCCUGAUGAGCAGGAGACCAGGCUGUGGAACAGGUACAUGAGCAACACGUUCGAGCCUCUCAAUAAACCUGACAGCACCAUCCAGGAUGCUGGCCUCUACCAAGGACAGGUUCUUGUAAUAGAGCAGAAGAGCGAGGAUGGCUCUUGGCCCCGAGGCUCCACGGCCCCCAAGUCAUCUGGUGCUUCCAAUCUCUCUGCUUUGCCAAAGAUCUCGCCUUCAUCUCUCACAAACAAUCAUAACAGCACCUUCAACAGCAGGAAUGUGAAGAACUCGAGCUAUAGUCUGCCUUCCUACCACCCCUACAGUAACAGCUAUGACUACUCAGACCAGAGCAGGCAGAGUGAUCGCUCGGGCCUCUGUGGACUCUCCAACCUGGGAAACACCUGUUUCAUGAACUCUGCUGUGCAGUGUUUAAGCAAUAUCCCUCCGCUGACGGAGUUCUUCCUCAAAGACAAGUACACAGAAGAGCUAAACGAGGACAACCCGCUGGGAAUGAAAGGAGAGAUCGCCAGGGCCUACUCUGAGCUUAUCAAGCAGCUGUGGUCGGGCAAAUACAGCUAUGUCACCCCGAGGCCUUUCAAGACCCAGGUGGGCCGCUUCGCCCCCCAGUUCUCAGGCUACCAGCAGCAGGACUCCCACGAGCUGUUGGCCUUUCUCUUGGACGGCCUUCACGAGGACUUGAACCGCAUCAGGAAGAAGCCCUACAUCCAGCUCAAGGACGCCAACGGCAGACCCGAUAAGGUCGUGGCGGAGGAAGCAUGGGAGAACCACAUCAAGCGAAACAACUCCAUCAUCGUGGAUAUCUUUCACGGCCUUUUCAAGUCAACUCUGGUGUGUCCUGUCUGCUCCAAAGUGUCUGUGACCUUCGAUCCUUUCUGCUACUUGACCCUGCCCCUUCCCAUGAAGAAGGAGCGGACGCUGGAGGUCUAUCUAGUCAGGCUGGACGCUCUGGCCAAACCCACACAAUACAAGCUGACUGUGCCGAAGGUGGGCUACAUCUCUGAUCUGUGUACCUCCCUCUCCAGCCUGUCUGGGGUUCCUGCUGAGAAGAUGAUUGUAACUGACAUCUACAACCACCGUUUCCACCGUAUCUUUGCAACCAACGAGAACCUCAGCAGCAUCAUGGAGAGAGACGAUAUCUACGUGUUUGAGGUUGCGGUGAACCGGGUGGAGGACACAGAUCACGUAGUGAUCCCGGUGCACCUGAGGGAGAAGUACAAACAGUCGGGCUACAACCACACCAGCACGCCGCUGUUCGGACAGCCCUUCCUCAUCGCUGUACCCAGAACCCUCAGUGAAGACAAACUCUACAACAUGCUGCUCCUGCGCCUCUGCCGGUUUGUGCGACCUGCUGUAGAGGAGGAUGAGGAGGAUUGUGAAGAGACACAGCCGCCCAAACAACACACUGUCAAUGGUAACGCCACUAAUGGACUCCUGGAGGAAGGGUCACCAAGCGAGAUGGAGACUGACGAGCAAGACGAGGAGUCCAGCCAGGAUCAGGAGCUGCCUUCCGAGAACGACAACAGCCAAUCGGAGGACUCCGUGGGAGGGGACAACGAACUGGAGAACGGCGUGGUCGCCCCGCAGAACUCCACCAAAGGCCAGCUGACGGCCGAGCACAACAGAAAGAGACUUUUUACAUUCCAGUUCAAUAACAUGGGCAAAACGGACUUUUCACUCGUCAAGGAGGACACCAGGCAGAUCCGCUUCGACGAGGGACACCUCAGACUCAGCGACCGCUCUUAUCUCUCUUUGGACUGGGAACCGGAGAUGAAGAAAAAGUACUUUGACGAGACCGUUGUCGAGGACUUUGACAAGCACAAGAGCAUGGAGUACAAGCCCCAGAAGAAGGCGUUCUUCAAGCUGAAGGACUGCAUUGAGUUGUUCACCACAAAAGAAAAACUGGGAGCAGAGGACCCGUGGUACUGUCCAAACUGUAAGCAGCACCAACAGGCCACUAAGAAGCUGGACCUGUGGUCUCUGCCGCCAGUGCUGGUGGUCCAUCUGAAACGCUUCUCCUACAGCCGCUACAUGAGGGACAAACUGGACUCCCUUGUCGAGUUUCCCCUGAGAGAUCUGGACAUGUCUGAGUUCCUGAUCAACCCCAACUCUGGGCCGUGUCACUACGACCUCAUUGCUGUAUCCAACCACUAUGGCGGAAUGGGAGGAGGCCACUACACCGCUUACGGGAAGAACAAAGACGACGGAAAGUGGUACAACUUUGAUGACAGCAGCGCGUCUCCUGCCAACGAUGAUCAAAUAGUGUCCAAAGCAGGCUACGUGCUGUUCUACCAGCGGCAGGACACGGUGAAAGGCACCGGCUACUUCCCUCUGGACCGCGAGGAGGAGGACGAAGAGGAGGGAGAGGAGGAGAACGAGAACGAGAAUGAAAAUGAGGACGAGGAGAGAAGGGAAAAGAAGACAGCCUCCUCCACUCAGGCCUCCUCCACUCAGGCCUCCUCGUCCGCCACUGCCGCCAGUGCUCAGAAUGACGAGGAGGACCUGAACGAGAACCGGCGCAGGAAGAAUGACAACGAGCAGCAGGAGGACGACGAGGAUGAGGAGGAAGACGAGGAGGAAGACGAGGAGGAACAGACGCCCACUCGAGAUGUCGCCAUGAAAGCCAACUGAAGUGGAUGCAGAAGAUGCGGAUAAAUGGAGAGAGAAACUGGGAUCUUUCCAUCCAAAGCCAUAUGGACAGCACAGCAUGGCAGCGGGCGCCACCAGUCCCACCCAGCGGCUCGGACUCGGCCGCUCCACAGGCGGAGCCACUGGGGCGAAGACGCCUUUUUAGGUCAGGGAGCUGCCGCGGUACACAAAUCUACUAACUACGAAAUCAGGGCCCUCCUCUGUGGUUUUAUCACGGUGUUUGUGUGUGUGUGUGUGUGUGUGUUUGCGUGUGUGUGUGUUUGUCGCCACGUCCAUUCGUUUAGGUUUUGCUUACUAAACGACACCAGGGAUUGAUUUUUUAAUUAUUAUUAUUUAAUUUUUUUCGAGGCUUCACAGUACGUUAGUGUAGCACUUUGAAUCUUCCUCUGCUUCUUGUUUUCUGUUCUAAUUUUAUAUAUUUUUGAGAGAAAUGCAAUGUUGGCAUAUCAUUUUUAGUAUCAUUCAGAUAUUUUGUAAAUAUUUUAAACACUGAAACGUUUUUGAACUUGCACAAUCACCAACCAUCCACUUUUUUUUUUUUUAUGUAUUAUUGCCACGCACACUGCAGAUGAUUAACAGUGAAGUCGUCUCUUCAAGGUCUCCUCACAUAAAAUGCUUAGGAAGCUCCUUUAGUGAUUCAGUGGUGAGAUGCGUCUGCGGUGGAGACUUAAAGGUCCAGUGUGUAAGAUUUAGGUGAAAGGGAUCUAUUGGUAGAAAUUUAAUAUAUAUAAUCCUAGUGAUAUUUUCACUAGUGUACUUCAUCUAAAUUGUACAAAUUGUUGUUUUCCUACCCUAGAAUGAGCCCUUUAUGUUUAAAUACUUUAUAUUUACACCGUGAGCAAGUCCACUCUACAGAGGCUGCCAUGCUGUUUACAGUAGCUCAGACUGGACAAACUAAACACUUGAGUUUUUAUGAUGACUGAAGGCUUCGACAGGUUCUCUUUCAUGUUUGGAACUGGAGGGUGAGGUGAGUAGUACUCAGCUGCAACAUGCAACUUCACCACUAGAUGUCAAUAAACUAUACACUGAACCUUUAACAUAGAGAAGUGAGGUGUGGUUUUAAAGGGUCACACAGCCAAACUGUCCGAGCUUUGUGCUGCUGCUGCUGCUUCUAUGAUCUCGCUUUUUUAGUAUUUAGUAAACUGGCACCAAACUUAGUGAUUUAAGGUCCUGCUUCUGCUGUCUCUCAAUCUUGGCUCCUCUGAUAAUGUAUUUCUGAAAUCAUAGAAAUACAGAAGGAUUAGUAUAUUGUCCAGCUAGCUUUGCAGAAUAACCAAACAGAUUCUAUUUGUGCAAAUGUUUUAGAAUUGCCUGGUGUUCAAAUUUCUGUCUUAAUGACCUCGGCAAAUGCAACAGAGACCCUGUUCAGGUAUUGACAUCUGUCCUGAGUCAGCGCUAAGUUCUGGGCUAAAAGCACCCAAAAGCUGAUCGAUCAGACCACACUUGGGAGGUGGUCACAUUAUUUUUGCUGUGUGAAUGUAAUAAGUCCUGGGCCUCCUACUCAGCUGACGUCCUCUAACACACUUCAGUGCCACGAUUUCACAAUGAAUCAUAAGUAUUGUAACCAUAAAUUGACUAGUUUGUCGUCACAGACACACGGCAGAAUAUCAACUCAACACAGACCAACACAAGGAUUUCUAUUUCCUUUUUUUUUUUUAAUUGAAUGAAAUCUAUCUUGUGCAGAGCUCAUUGAUUCAUUCAGGCUCUCCUGACUUCACUUGCAUCUAUCAACUGAAACAACUCAAAUCUGGUCUCCACAAAUUUAAUUUGCAUACAGAGCGCAUACAUGGAAUCCAACCACAGGAAAUCCAUUCAGGAUAAGUGUUAUGCCAUAGAAAACUAAGAGCUGACUACUUGUGAUCAAAUCUGUCAGGACAGUUGUUAAUACCAGGUCUGAACGGGCCUAAUACUUGUUGUCUGGUUAGCUGGCAGACACAAAUCGUGCUGUCACCUCUGCCCCUGUAACUGUAGGUGGUGUUUAAUGCUUUACCGGGGCACUGCACUCUUUUAACUUCUUCAUAUUGGAGGCGCUGUGAGAUUGGGAACAUGGGUGAUAUCGCCGACAUCAGAUGCAUCAUCUCUUGUUUGGAUCACCUCGGCCUUAACUCUUGAUCUCAGACCAGUCGCCUUUUCUUUGCACUUCACUGUCACACCGUCUCCAUUACACCACA